AUGAAGACAGGUGCACUAAAGCACCAGUUAAGCCAGCACUACUCUCACCACUGCAUACUAAAAGCAUUUGCAGGCUGGCCGGGUGUGAAAAUCCGACUGACCAGACGAGGUGCGGAGCAUAUAAAAUCCGUGGGUAUAAAGAUUCUGAACGAGGAAAUCCCCAGACUGAGCGGAUUUAAGAUGCAACAUUCUUUUUCAGAACGCGGUGUAACGGGGGAUGUGCAGCUAUCCGAUAUUCGAGUCUUGCGUUAUUCACCACCUCAGUAUACCUCACUGGAAUUUGUGCCACCUGCCUAUCUAAUUCUUCAGACCAGUGGAAUAGACAUCACGUUAGCCGGUCGAUUUACGGGUAUCGUUGCGCUGCUACCGGUGAGCGGUUCGGUAACCGGCGACAUACGGCGGAUGACCGUUCGGUUGAGAACUCAGUUUAAAACGGCACCGGAUGGACUAAUGCAAGUCAAGGUGAUUGAUUGUUUCACUGUCGUCGAAUACAGUCAUUUCUUUAUCAGUGCUGAUGGCCCGUUGAACAGUUUCGUCCAAACGAUUGAGCGGUUAGCAUACACUGAUCUGAGUGAUCCAUUCCGUACAAUCGAUACUGUUGAUAAUUUGGUGAUAGAAAAACUUCUUCGUCGAUUCAUCAAGGGCUUGUACGUCGAUAAUCGUAACAUCGCCGAUCCAAUCAUUACACCGGAAUAUUUCGAAACACAACAAAAAGGUGAAAUCAGAUACAAAGGCGAUUCUCGUCCAACUCCCUUCAAUCCACCUCCAAUGCGAACUGGAAACGACUCCUCCAGAAUGCUGCACUUCUAUGGGUCGCAGUACCUUUUCAACUCUCUCCUGUACCAUGCCUAUGAGGACGAUCGUAUGAUUGUUGAGGCAAGUAUUGACGAAACGGUACUGCCACUGGAAUACAAGUCAAUGGUCCGAACGAGUUGCGGUAGUACUGCGACCGCAAAUGACACCUUCAUAUCGUCGCUGUGUCUGGGUACACUAAUACCUGAAAUAGCUAAUCGCUAUCCAAACCGAACCUCUUCAUUUCUACUUCUGCCACAUCAAGUGCCCGAGUUUCAGUUAUCUCAUGGUGUCGGCUCAAUUGACCUGAAAAGUCGCAUACUGACGCAUAUAAGUGAAGGACGCCGAAAACGACAAGUAUUAAUGAGUGCGGCGGAUCUUCAAGCAGAUUUACGCUUACUUAUCGAGAAUCAGAAGUUUGCAGCAGCUCUGAAACUCAACAAAUUUGAUAUCAGGUAA